AUGGCCAAUAACAUGAAUCCCAACAUCGUGGCUUUCACUCUCACUGAAGGGCAAUCCAACAAUAGACCUCCCUACUUCAAUGGCAGCAACUACUCUUACUGGAAAGAAAGAAUGAGAAUCUUCGUGCAGUCGAUCGACUACAACAUCUGGAAGAUCAUUCUCAACGGCCCAGAUGUUCCUACCAAACAGAAUGCUGAUGGAGAAGUUGUGGCAAAGGAGGACAACGAAUGGACAGAUGAAGAAAAGAAGAAGGUUGAACUCAAUGCCAAGGCAAUCAACCUGAUGCACUGUGCAAUCAGUUUUGAAGAAUUCAGAAAAGUGUCAAGCUGUAAAAUAGUGAAAGAAAUCUGGGAUAAGCUCAGACUCACUCAUAAAGGCACUAAGCAAGUGAGGGAGACCAGAAUUGACAUGCUAAUGAAGGAGUAUGAAAUGUUCAGUGUGAAGGAAGAUGAGAGCAUUGAUCAAAUGUUCGAAAGGUUCUCAAUAAUCAUCAACAAUCUGGACGCCAUGGGAAGAAGCUACUCUGAAGAAACCUUAGUAAGAAAGAUUCUGAGGAGUCUUACUAAGAAAUGGGAAGUGAAAAGCACAGCCAUCUCUGAAAGGAAUGAUUUGAUCAAAAUCACCUAUGAUAAGCUGAGAGGCAAGCUGCUGGCUUAUGAAACCACUCACAUGUCUCAAGACAAACAUGACAAAAAGAAAAGUAUAGCACUAAAAUCAAGAAUGACAGCUCAAGGAGAAGAAUCUGAUGACAGUUUCUUAGAUGAAGAAAUGGUGCGCUUUGCAAGAAAAAUGAGAAGACUACUGAGAUACAAAAACAAAGGCAAAGGAAGCUCUUCAUCCAAAGAUGUCAAGAAAGAUCAAGUUAAGUUUACGUGCCAUCACUGCAAGGAACCUGGUCACUUCAAGUCAGAUUGCCCUCAACUUAAGAAAGGCGAAAAAUCCAAGAAAGACAAAAAGAAGGUGAUGAUGGCAACAUGGGAAGACCUGGAGAACGACACCAGCUCGGAGAGCUCUGAUCAAGAAGCUCAGCUAUGUUUGAUGGCAGACCAUGACGAUGAAAAUGAGGUAGAUCUUUCUGACUUAUCUAUUGAUGAACUACAAUACAUUAUCAAAGAUAUCUCUGUCAGUUCCAAGAAACUCUUGGACAAGUAUGCUAAAUGCAAGAAAGAAAAUGAGGCUUUGAGGAUUGAAAAUGAUCUUCUUUUGAAAAAGGUUAAGGCAAAUGAAACUGGAAAUGAAAAGCUUUUAAAAGAAGAAAACACUGCCUUGCGAGCUGAAUUAGAAAAAUUCAAGCUCAAGCAUGAAGUUACUGAUUCCACUUAUUUGAUUUUUGAAAACAAAAAGGUGAAUGAACAAAUAAAAAGUUUGAAUAAAGACUUAGCUAAGUUUAUUCAAGGUUAUCAAAAUCUGAACAAACUGCUUGCUAGUCAAAGGUUUGGUUCUGAAAAAUCAGGACUAGGGUUCAAAGAGGAAAGUAAGGCAGUUUUCAAACAAAACUUUAUAAAAUCUGAAGCCUCCUCUUCCAAGUUUUUCAAACCAAAAGGAUUCAGCAAACCUCAAAAAUCAGUGAGCAAGAAUCAGUGCAAUAGAAAUGGUCAUGAUCCUCCUCAAUGUUUCAUCUUUCCUAGGUCUUUUGGUAAUGAUAGUAAGUUAUAUAAAGUUAUUCAUGAUUUUAAUGCUCUUGGGCAAUCAAGAAGAUUUCACAUCAAAGGAUCCAAAUGGAUUUGGAUACCUAAGGUUAGUUGA